AUUCUCCAUCGUCUCCACUGUUUCCAUCACCCCCAUCACCUCCAUCGUCUCCAUCGUCUCCAUCACCUCCAUCGUCUCCACCCACUCCUCCCAUGCUCACCGAGGAAGCCCAUGCGUCUCUCGCCAAGCACAAUCUCCUUGCUGUCCUGGCUGCCAGCGAUGUCUUCCUCAGCGCUAUCGAUCUGCCGACUCUCGCCAGGCUCCUCCGAUUGAGUCGCCAGGCCAAGUCGCUUCUGGACUGCUACUCCGUAUGGUCGAAUGUGCUCUCCCCUGCGCUUCAAUCUCUCGUACUUUCCAACGACAUCCGCUAUUUCGAGUCGUUUGAUCUUCACGAACUCCUCUUUGAUGACAUUGAGGCCUCGGUUGAUCGCAAGGUCGUUCUCCAGGGCUUGCACUGCUAUCUCAAUCGCUCAAAGUCGUUCCUUCCCCGAUCCUUCUCGGCCCAUCAAAAGGAGCUGCAGCUCUGGUGGGCCGUCUACGAGAACCCAAAGCUCCACGAAAACGUUGCCAGCGUCUGUCGAAUCUGCCGUCGCGCACCUUCAUACGUCCCGGCCGCAAAGUAUACCCUUGUAAACGGCCGCAAGACAGGCGACGAAUUCACGGACGAGGAGCAGUUCGAGCUGCUCGAUGGAGCCUAUAUCCUCGAUACAAUCCCCAAGAUGCACACGGAACUCCUGAUCGUCAUCCGGUUCGCCCGCCCACACCCACUCUUUCUGCCCGAGCAGCUUGCCGGGCUGUUGCCGCAUGAGCUGCACUAUCUCAGGUUCUCUUUUCCCUGCGACGUGCUGCUCUAUGACUGCACCUUCACCACCCUCUCUGGCUGGCCUCGGUCGCUCGACAACAUUACCGGAUUGGAGGUCAAGCGGCUGCGGCCCGGACAAGCGGCCUGGGACUGGAACCAGAUGCCGUGGCUGGGGGUUCUGGAGGGUCUAACUCCGCCGUCGUCCAUCGAAAGCCUGGCCGGGAUUCCAUCGCAUUUGUCCAAGCUGUCGACGCUGGACCUGUCGGGGUGCUCCAAGAUCACCACGCUGGCCGGACUGCCGUCGCCCAUGACCAAUCUCAGCCGGCUCGGGCUGCCUCCGCUGCUGGCGAAUCUUGCGGACCUCCAGACGCUUGCAGCGACCAUCAAGAGCCUCGACAUGUCUUGCUGCGAUGCGUUCGUUGAUCUGGAGGCACUUCCUGCCUUGCCGGCUCUCACCUCCCUCGCGCCGUCACGAUCGAUUGAGCGACUCGCGGGCCUCUCGAUUUGCGCCAACAGCCUCGAGCGGCUAGAUAUGGGCUCAUGCCAUCGGAUCGAGAGCCUGCAUGAUAUGCCGCGAUCCAUGCCGGUGCUGGAGACGCUUUUGCUUCCGCCUCGGCUGCGGACCUUGGAGGGGUUCCCUGAAGGACUCGACCGGCUCACAUUACUGAACAUGGAAUAUUGCUCGGAACUGACGACCCUGGCGGGAUUGCCGUCGCUCAGCAGCCUGCGGGACAUGACGGUCCCCCCAUCGAUCGAGACUCUCGAGGGCAUGCCCGCCUCGUUGGAAUCCCUGUGGAGACUCAACGCGGCCAAGAGCAGCAAGCUCAAGAGCCUGGUUGGUCUGACCCGCAACGCCCCGCAGCUGAGCAACUUGGUGCUGCCUUUGUCGAUCCAGAGUCUGGACGGUAUCGACCCGGUAUCCUAUCCGAGGCUCAACUCCAUCACGCUCCCUGUUUCUCUGAGUCAGGAGCCUGUAGGGCUGGAGCUGGGGCGCUUGGCUCGGCGGUCUGGCCGGUAUAUUCAUAUCGAAUUUGCCGCUCCGGACCACUACCAGUAUAAAUGAAUACCCCUCCCGCAGGCGAAGGCGGAGAGAGGGUUUGGUAGCCGGUGCCCCAAAGGCACUCCCGGAAUGUGCAGAUCGAAUGCCUGUGGUAUCCGGAGAAGCCACAGCUGGCUGCUUGCUUGCUUGAUUUGCUUGCGGGUUUGUUGUCAUGAAGGCCGUGGCUGA